UAAAACCGCUCAUUCCGGUUCAAAAUGGUUCCUCCUGGUGCAGCUGAAGGAGUUCUGCGGCGACUUCCUGAAGCGGAAGCUGAGCCUGGCGAACUGCGUGGCGGUCCACAGCCUGGCGCACAUGUACACGCUGGACCAGCUGGCGUUACGCGCGGCAGAGAUGAUCCGCCGCAACUUCCACAGGGUGAUCCAGGACGAGGAGUUCUACACGCUGCCGUUCCACCUGGUCCGCGACUGGCUGAGCGACACCGAGAUCACGGUGGACUCGGAGGAGGUCCUGUUCGACGCCGUGGUUAAGUGGGUGCACCGCUCCACCGAGGAGCGCGAGAAGCAUUUCGAGGAGCUUUUCCGGCUCCUCCGGCUGCCUCAGAUCAAGCCCACGUACCUGACCAGGGUGGUGAAGAACGAGCCCCUGGUGGCGCGGAACGAAGCCUGUCUGAAGCUCGUCUCGGACGCCGUGGAGAGUCACGCCAUACGAUUCGAGAACCACAAGAAGUCGGUCUCGGAUUCGGAGUUCUGGGUGGCCUUUCAGCCCCGAUUCGGACAGAACAUGGACGUCAUUAUGGUGGUGGGCGGAGUCUCGGAGGGCGGAGACUACUUGAGAGAAUGCGUCGGGUAUUUCGUGUACGAAGACCGCUGGGUGAACCUCCCGCACAUUCAUAAUCAUCUGGACGGCCACGCCAUCGCGGUUACCGAUUCGUACGUCUACGUUGCCGGAUCCAUGGAGCCCGGGUUCGCCAAGACCGUGGAGAGGUACAACCCGAAUCGUAACACCUGGGAGCAGGUGAGCAAUCUAACCACGCGGAAGCAUUCGUUCGGACUGACGUGUGUCAAAAACAUCCUGUACAGCAUCGGAGGGCACGGGAAUUUCAGUCCGGGAUUUAAGGACGUCAGCGUGUACGAACCGGAGCAGGACAAGUGGCACAACUUAGAAUCGGCGCCCAAAAUCUUACGAGACGUGAAGGCGAUUAGCGUGGAGGAUCGUUACGUGUACGUGACCGCGAGGACGCCGGUGGACACGGACAACGACGACGGGCUCAAAACAGUGACGACUCGUUACGACACCGAGAGCCGGCAGUGGCAGGAAGUGGAUUCUUUGCCCCUGAUUGAUAAUUACUGUCUGUUCCAGAUGGCCGUGUCGUCGUCAAACUUCUACCACACGGCGUCCUGCUGCCCGAGUAGCUACGCCAACAUCCGGGACGAGGCGGCGCGCCAGAAGAUCAGCGGCAGGAUCUCGGACGAAAUCCUGGAGAGCCUGCCGCCGGAGGUGACCAGCGUGGAGGGCGCCGCCGUGUGCUUCCUAGGCGACGACGUGUUCGUCAUCGGCAGCUGGAAGAACAGCGACGACGUGGACAAGCAGUACAGGAAGGAGGCGUACCGCUACUGCGCCGAGAGGAAGCGCUGGAUGCUGCUCCCCCCCAUGCCGCAGCCGCGCUGCCGGGCCACGGCCUGCCACGUCCGGAUCCCUUAUCGCUUUUUGUACGGGUGCCAGAGGUACCCCAUGCCGCAGAAUUUAGCCAGACAGCGGGACAGGAUGCAGCAGAUGCAGCAGCUGCACCGGCGCACUCUCACCCUCCGCAGGCAGCUGCAGUCGCAGAUCGAAUGCUGAAAACGGUCUUGAUGUUCAGAGCAUCUCGGGACCAAGUCUGCAAACGUCUAGUAAUUCUCCAGUCCACCAGGGGGCGACA